AUCUUCAAUGAAUUAUCCACCAUCUUGCCAUCAAAAAUAAAAAUAUCCUGUACUUUCUCCACUCUCGAAGCUCAAAAAAGUAAUUUCCUGUAUCUUGCCUUCGUCUGCAUUCUCUGUCACUUCAACAACUCUUCAAUAUCACAUUCUCAAAACAAACUUCAAUCAAGAUCGUCAGUUUGUUUUUGGGGCAAUGGGGUGCGUUUCGUCGAAUUUGCUGAACCAGGAGGACGAGUUCACUCAACUGGGUAGCUCUGCACUGGGUCACCACAUCGUGUCACUCACUUCCACCACGUACGGGCUCCUCACUCUUGAUCCGCCGCCACAGUCCACCACUACGCCGCCCACCCCACCACCUCCAUUUACCCUCGGAUCCACCUUCAAUGAGUCCAAAUCACUUUGGUCCGAACCUAGACCCGUCCCGAUCCGACCCGAGGUCAUUAACUCCUGGGAGCUCAUGUCCGGCCUCGAUGCGGACAGCUUCCGUUUCCCCACGAUUCCCAACAAGGAAAAUUCAAACCCUAAUUUUAGCAAAAACGAAAGCGUUUCAAAACCGCCGUUUUCUCGAUCUUCACUGCUGGAUAAAUUCCAGGCCGACAGCUUCGCUUUUCCAAACACCGCGCUCCCCGAAAAGGAAAACGCCAAUCCUAAUUUAAAUAGGAACGGCACCAUCUCGAAACCGCCUCUUUCGCGUUCUUCCCUGCUAGAGAAAUUCUACUCCGGGAACGAUGCAGUCUUAAAACCAUCAGCGCUCGACAAGUUCGAACAAAUAUGUCCGCCAAAUGGGGAAAACAGAGUGGUAAUCUACACGACGACAUUGAGAGGAAUCCGUAAGACAUUCGAAGACUGCAAUGCGAUUAGAUCGGCCAUUGAAAGCUAUGGGAUUGUCGUUUGCGAACGGGACAUUUCGAUGGACCGAGGGUUCAAAGAAGAGUUAAGGGAAUUAAUGAAAGGGAAAGAGAGAGAGUCGACGAACCAAACGACGCCGCCGCGAGUUUUCAUAAAGGGAAGGUACAUUGGAGGAGCAGAGGAAGUGAUGAGAAUCGUGGACGAAGGUUGGUUUGAGGAUUUACUUAAAGGACUGCCGAAGAAAAGAGCAGGGGAAGUUUGUGAUGGCUGUGGGGAUGUCAAAUUCUUGCCGUGUUUCCGGUGCAACGGAAGCUGCAAGGUAGCGGUGGUGGUGAAGGAGGAGGGAAGCAGGACGGUUGUAGUCAGGUGUACGGAGUGUAAUGAGAAUGGUCUCGUGCAUUGCCCCAUUUGUAGCUGAUUAAACAGUGGGGUUACUUUUGGUAUAUUUAAUAAUUUUCAAUAUUUAAGUGUUUGAUUUCAUGCUUAAAUGAUUUACCUUAUAUGCUGCUA